AUGAAAGUGAUAACGAAAAAACCGUUAGAAGGUAAAUGCGGAGAAAUAACCGACGAGCAUUUGGGAAUAAAACAUGCCCUUUGGGAAUUUAAUCCCGGUAAGUGCAUGUUGCCGGCGUUUUUCGAAAAUUAUGUUCCUCAAAUUUUGAGUGCUCCAGUUAGAAAGGAUGAUGUCUGGUUGAUUAGCUAUCCAAGAACAGAAGGCUCAAUCGACUGUACAACAGCUUCGUGCCCCAUUAAUAGAAUAAUAUACUGUACGAGGAAUCCAAAAGACACCUGCGUUUCAUUCUACUAUCACGUCAAACUUUUACAUGGCUUUAACGUAACCUUUGAAACAUUCUGUGAACUAUUCCUCAACGGAUCUGUCAUUUAUGGAGAUUUCUUUGACCACGUGUCGGAGUUCUGGAAAAAACGACAGGACGAAAACGUUUUAUUUAUCCAGUACGAGCAAAUGAAGAAGGACAGUCGGACAGCUAUAAGAAAAAUUGCACAAUUUUUGGAAAAAGAUGUGUCUGAGGAGGAUGUAGAAUCUCUCAACAAAUUUCUUCAGUUUUCAAAUAUGAAAGAAAAUAAGGCUUGUAAUUGUGAGGUACUUUUAGAUAAAAAAGGCGGAAAGAAAUAUUUUGAAAAAGCGGGUUAUCACUUUAUUCGAAAAGGUGAAGUAGGGGAUUGGAAAAAUCAUAUGACCCCUGAAAUUGAAGAUCAAUUUGAUAAUUAUAUUAAAAGAAGAACAUUAGAGACUGACUGUAACUUUUACUGA